AUGUUGACUCUGACUCCGGUCUUAACUGUGUCCUAUGAAGCCAAGAUUUCAUUUCUGUUCCUUUCGGUCGUGGAGUUUGCAGUGGGCAUCCUGGCCAAUGCAUUCAUUGUCUUGGUGAACUUUUGGGACCUGGUGAAAAAGCAGCCACUGAACAACUGUGACACUGUGCUGCUGUGUCUCAGCACCACACGGCUUUUCCUGCAGGGCCUUCUGCUUCUGGAUGCUGUUCAACUCACUUGCUUCCAGCAGAUGAAAGAGCCACUGAGCUACAACUACCAAGCCAUCCUUACCCUUUGGAUGAUCGCAAACCAAGUGAGCCUCUGGCUUGCCGCCUGCCUCAGUCUCCUCUACUGUUCCAAGAUUGUCCGUUUCUCUCACGCCUUCUCACUCCACUUAGCAAGCUGGGUCUCCAGGAGUUUCCUCCAGAUGCUUCUAGUGGCUCUUCUUUUCUCCUGCAUCUGCACCGCCCUCUGUUUGUGGGACUUUUUUAGCAGACCUUACCCCAUGCUCACAUCCCUGUUACCCAUGAACAACACAGAAUUCAAUGUGCAAAUUGCAAAACUCCAAUUCUUUUAUUCAUUUAUCUUCUGCAAUGUGGGGUCGAUACCCCCUUCUCUGGCGUUCCUGGUGUCCUCUGCAGUGCUGUUUCUCUCUCUGGGAAGUCACAUGAGGGCUAUGAAGUCGCAAACCAGAGACUCCCGGGACCCCAGCCGUGAGGCCCAUGUCAGAGCCAUCAUAUUUCUGGUCUCCUUCCUCUGUUUCUAUGUGGUGUCACUCUGUGCUGCCUUAGCCUCAGUGCCCUCAUUGGUGCUGUGGCACAGUAAGUGGGGAGUGAUGGUUUCUAUAGGGAUGAUGGCGGCUUGCCCUUCUGGACAUGCAGCCAUCCUGAUAUCAGGCAAUGCCAAGCUGAGGAGGGCCAUGGGGACUAUGCUAGUCUGCUUUCAAGGCAGCCGAAAGGUGAGAAGAGUCCACAGGAAACUUCACAGGACACCUUGA